AUGGACGACAUGCACCAUCCUUCUCCGGCACCGACCGCAUCUGGGCCAUCCAACACAGGGCAGACCGAGCUUCCUUACCGUCCUGCCUCUCAACCCCAGGCAGCCGGAGACACUCGCAGCGCAGCCUCUCCAACCCUAUCGACAGCCUCUAGGACCGAGAAACGUUCUCAACGGUACCGAGCCAGGCUCGAACGCAUACGACAAAGUCGACUAUGGCGCAGAUUACUUGAGAGAGCUCAAAAUGGCAUCGACAACAGCGAUGAUCCUUCCUACCUGCCGUAUGUCGGAAUGCGCCAACUUGUCGAAGAUUGGGCUCUGUAUCGGUGGGUCAUCAUCCCAGCGCCAUAUGUCCCCACUAACACUUGCAGCGACCAUUGCGAUUGGAACAACCUUGCAGCGAUGUUCCAUGACGACGGCAUCAUCUGGUCUCCUCGAACAGGCGCAGUCACCCACAAAGACCACAACGAGUUUCUCAUGCACGCGCAUUGCGAUCAUGGCGAAACCCGCACGAUUCACCGCUGCCACGGCGUGCACAUCGAGUUCGCCCAGAACACCAUGCGCUGUGUUACGCGGAUGCGCGCGACAGCUUCACAGCGGUUCAUGAUCGGCAACAAGGAAGUAGACGUCGAGGCAGACUGCGAAUUCGUGUUCCUGUUCGAGAAGAUGGAGCGCAGGCUGGGCGGGAACUGGGUUGUGCGGUUCCUCAUGUAUUGGUCUGAACGGGAUAAGAUGGUUCCUGUUGCACCUGGUGUCGGCCUGAACAUCGGCUUUGAUCAACUGGGUGGAUACCAAGAUGAGCACAAGUGUUUGGCCUACUGCCUGGCGUUGAAUAAUCGAUUCGACCUGUUGGGGCACCAGUCAGGCUCCGGUGGGAGGGACCCCGCUGAGAAGCCACGCCCGCGCGUUGCAGGCAUUACUGCAGCAUGGCUGGCCGGGAUAUCCGCCCAGGGCAUAGAUACAGAGUUUCCAGAGAUCAGAGCUCGGUCCAUCAGAACUGGGUGGGAGGCGAUGGAUGAAUAG